AUGCAAAUCUACCGCAUAUCAAUUCAGAACAACGAAAACACAUUUAGGUCUCCAUCGAAACAUCCUGAGUUCAUCCGAGGUCUACCAAGAGGCCUUAAGAUUUUGCAGUCUUGCAAUGGCUUGCUCUUGUGUUGUACCUCUCACGAAAUUACAAACACGAGAACUACCCCAACAUAUUAUGUACUCAAUCCCACAACCAAUCAUUUUGUAGCUCUCACUAAUUCACCGUAUGCUACUAAUUCCACAAGCCUUUUGGGGGUUGCUUUGGCUUUUGACCCUUCCAAAUCGAUUCAUUACAAGGUUAUCUGCGUCCAGUGCAUUGCUGGAUCUGUUGUCUCAUUCCAAGUAGAGAUAUAUUCGUCUGAGACUCGAAAUUGGACGCUUCGAAAGUCUACUUUUGAUAGGCCAUUCCAUAUUGACUUCAGCCAUGGGGUGUACUUCAAUGGUGCAAUUAAUUGGAUCAGCCGUACAAGUAGGUUGUUGCACUAUCACUUAGAUCAUGAAGAGGGUCAUGGAUUGGUGUGCAGGCCUCCAGAUUACAAUGUUUUUCGCAAGCGGGAGUAUAUAUAUUUCGGGGAGUCACGCGGCCAUUUGCACCUCAUUGAAAUUUAUAGGCCUUGCUUUACUCAAUUUGACGUGAUGGAGAUGGGGAGGGACUACUCUGGCUGGUUUGUCAAGUACCAUGUUGAUCUUGAUACAAUAACCGCCAAGUUUCCGAAGAUGGUUCCGCAACAUAAUAUUGAUGAUCCUAGUGAAGAAAAUUGGUACUAUGAGUUUGUUGUUCUCUUUCUUGUUCGAGAAGAAAAUGAAGAGGAGACAGCUAUGUUCUUGUAUAUUCCUUGUAAAGUCAUCUCUUAUAAUCUUUUAGACAGAACCUGUAAGACAGCUUGUGAGUUAACUCUCAAAGGCAAGAGAUCUUUGCAAAUUGGGUGGCGAGAUACUUAUCAUUGUAUGGAGACGUUGGCUUGCGUGUGA